CGAGGCGCAGGCAUGCUCAGUAGCCGGUGCCUACCCCUCCUCUCCCAACAACACCGCCUGCAACAGUAGGAGCCGGCUGGCAGCAGGCGAGGAGCCGAAAGCCAUCUUUGCUGGAGAGGGAGCAGCGCUGCCCGCAGCCCCCGCUCGCCAUGUCUGUUCCAGCAUCUGCCCAGGGUCCUGCAGGGGCUGCAGGAGCUGCAGGGCCCCCUCCUGCCACCAACGUGUCCAGCAACAAGAGGCUGCAGCAGACACAAGCCCAGGUGGACGAGGUGGUGGACAUCAUGAGGAUGAACGUGGACAAGGUGCUGGAGAGGGACCAGAAGCUGUCAGAGCUCGACAACCGGGCAGAUGCAUUGCAAGCAGGUGCCUCACAGUUUGAGACCAGUGCAGCCAAGCUGAAGAGGAAAUACUGGUGGAAAAAUUGCAAGAUGAUGAUCAUCCUCGGUGUAGUAUGUGCAGUCAUUCUCAUUAUAAUUAUAAUUUAUUUCUCCACUUGAAAAAGCAGAGAAGGAAGACUUGGCACACCUUUGUUCAUAUCAACCGACGAUAUCAGUGUUCCUUUGUUGAACUCCGCUUUUUAAUUCCCGCUGUCUUGGGAUUUUUGCUUGUAAUAACCCAUAAGCAUUCAGUGUGGUGUAUUUUGGAAUUCUGUUGUUUCCACAAGAAACUGUACCAGCUAAAUACUGCCAAGUAGUUCCAUACACUGUCUAAUCACUGUGUCUUAAGAUGUGUACGCACUGACCUUCAGAAACUGUAGUAUAUGAAAAGCAUCCUAAACCAUCUCAGAGUCAGAGAAUGCAGCUGUGGGGAAGCUCCUGUUUAAAGGGACACUGCCAGGUGGAUUGGACCCAAAUCUAAGGUCGCAGCAAACAUUGGGACCAAAAUUCUCAAUCUGAGCUCCUAAAGUUGGAUGGCAAAAUCCAUUGUCAGACGUAUCUGCUACUCCCAUUGAAGAGAGUGAUACCUCUAAGUAUUCAUGUAAGAUAUCAUAUUUCAGUUUAGCCAACCAAACACAGAUUUCUUUGAGGUUAGAUGUAGAAUCCAAGUCUUAAAACCUUGUCUGCAGAAAAUAAAUAAAGACUGGUUUAUCAUCUUUUAUGGAUUUAAUAUUUUUCCUCAUGGAAAACACCUCUUGGUGUUCUAAACGACCAAGAUGGCCUCAAUAUGAAAGCCAGAAAGGAAAGAAAACCCUGUGUGACAGCCAAAAAGCAUUAGCUAGUCACAGUCCUGAAAAAGCCAAGGGAAAUGCAGAAGUGGUGAUGCAAACAUCACAAAUGGCUCAGGUGCAGUCUCUUGCUGAAAACUCAAGGCCCCAUUUGUCAGGGUCCAUGGGACAUCUCUUGGAUGCCAAUCCCCAAUAACUGGGCCCUGACCUGAGGCCCAUGAGCAGCUCUGGUGGUGUCGGAGGCUGCCCAGCUCUGGGGAGGAAGCUGCAUUUGCAGGAAUGGUCCCCACUGCCAGGAUGGUUCAAAAAUCAGGAAGAAGGCAGGGGGGAACAGUGGGGAGAGGCUGAGAAAGGGAAGGGUGCCCAGCAAAAGCUUUCCUGGAAAGGAGGAAGGAACAGAAACACUGUUCAAAGUAGGGGUGUUAAUAGGCUUUAAAAAGAUGUAUUUUAAUUUGUGCAUGUGGAUAGUUCAUAGACUAUAGUGUCAUCUUUGUAAAGUGCUCAGCUGAGAUACCUAUUAUACUCAAUUAAUUUAAAUUAACACUUGAUGUAAUUAAAAGAAAUAUAUUGUGGCUUGAGAGAAAGUUCUUCAUGCUUUGGUGAGUUUCUUGUUUUUCUUUUUAAAACAGUGAAUAGUUUAAUCAUCCUUAACCAAACUAAAAAUGAAUUAAUCAAAUUUUGAGCCAGGAAAUUCAGGAAAAGGUCUUUUUAGGUUAACUCCUUCAGAAUUUAUAAAAAUAAUUAAUAGAAUUUAAAAAAAUAAUUUGAUGGGUUGGGUUUUUUUGUCUGCAAUUUAAUUAGGGAAUAGAAACAAUGAUAAUAGUAGUGUGAAUAUUCCCACUGAGGAGUAUUUCUCUUGACAUAGAGUUAAAAAAAUUGAGAGCCUGACCAGUUUGUUACUGUGAAUCUAUACAUAAAUUAUGCUGAAGUAGAAUUUUGCAGAGAGAAUAACUAAUGAUCAAUUGAAAGGUUCCAGUUGCAUUUUCCCCUAAAUAUUUAUCACUUUCUAGUCAUGUGUACUACUUCAUAUCAUUAAGUCAAAAGUGGCCCCAGACUUAAUGAAGCUGAAUAUUCCAAGUUACUAAUGUGAUACUGGACUCCCUGGUAUGCCCUGAUCAUGCAGUCCUUCACUGGGUGAGACCCCAAACAAUUCAGAAAUCCUCCUGGGCUGGACAAAAACGUAGCAGGGAUGAAAGACCUGACUCUGUGGGGUGACACAACUGUAUAAAUGAGCUUUCACUGGGAGAGGAAUGAGCCAUCCAACUUCAGGAGCCCUGUUAAACUGCUAAGGUUAUCUGAUAUCUAAGGAAUGAUCUGCUGAGAGUGGGACCCUGCCACCCACACCUGUUACUGAUAUUGAUAAUUGAUAUUAUUAUCAAUACUGCUAUUGAUAUUGAGCGUGGUGUCCUCACAGGGCUUCUCUGCUGAACACACUCAUGAGAUGGGCACAGCUUUAGCUGGAGGUGGUGCAACCAGGAAGGAGAAAUGCUGAUACUGAGCCUUAAUACAGAUGUUCCUUCUCCUCUGAGAGGCUGAACUGAUACUCAGCUGAUAGGAGUGCAAAUACACAUUAAAGAGUUUGAAUCCUCUAGCUGCAAACACACCAAGCUCCCACAUGAAACUGCAGUGGAAGUGCUACAAGGAUGCAAAGCUCACAUUCUCCCAGCUAAUGUAGUUCAAGCAAGUUAAUAAUCAAAAACAAAUCUCACCUAUAGGUGAGAGUGGAGAACAGAAACUGCUCUUUGUGGAAUGUGGACCUAUUCUCUCUCAAAAUUGUAACUAAUGGGGAUGACUGCGAAAUAUAAGUGAGAAUUUGCAAGGAAGAGUUAAGAAACCUACCUUCUAGUGGGUUGUAGAAUGUUUCCUCCUGACUAUUUCCUCCAGUGUGGUGAUGAAGUACGGUAAAGUAAUGUGUUUAACUUUUCAAAGUCAUUGACCCAUGAUGUGCUCUGGAAUGCUCAAUGUUUGCUACUGCAUGUGCUGUGGUGGUUGGUUGUCAUUGGUGAGGUAAGCCAUGGAAUCUUUCUAAUUCUGCCCAGGGAGCAUGAACAAAUGUGUCUGAUGCACAGAGAUGAACAAAUGUGUCUGAUGCACGGAGCUCAGCUGCCCUUGCAGAGGGUUAAACCUUCAUCAUGGUGAUGGAGGACUGUUCAGGGUCACAGAUUGUGCAACAGCAUCUCUCCCAUCCGUGCAGGGUAAUGCAGAGCACAAUCUAUAUGAACACAGCUGGAGCUCUCAGUUGUGGUGGAGCCAGGAUUGAUUGGAGCUCUCAGUUGUGGUGGAGCCAGGAUUGAUUGGAGCUCUCAGUUGUGGUGGAGCCAGGAUGGAUUGGAGCUCUCAGUUGUGGUGGAGCCAGGAUUGAUUGCCUUCCACUCCAGGCUGGAAAUGUCUGGGCAGUUACAACUGCCUGCCUGUGAGUUUUCCAUGAAAUGGUUAAGUCAUUCUUGUUCAGUCACCACCAGUCAGAAUUUCAGCUCCUGCUCUGUGCCACUGAUGCUGCCUGGGCUCUUCCCCUGGGCUGGUGAAACAAAGGGUCACAAAAAGGCUUCCUUUAGUGACCCUGGCAUAUCCCCAGGGACUGCAGGGCCACGGCUUCCUGACUGCCACCUUGGGCACCAAACUGAGGCCUCUCCUGGCUGGAAGCAAUGCUCUUGGUAGCUUUAUCCAGAAUCAGACACUGUUUGAGACCUGCACAUUCCAUCCUUUCCAGAAGCUCCUCCUGUGCUGUCUGGAGCACAGCUGUACAUGACAGAGGCUGUACAGCAGGAGAUGCCCUUCCCACAGAGCACAGCUGAAAGGAAGGGGUUAACAGCUGCUCAGGGCCUGCACCAUGGCUGCUGCUGGGCUCCUCAGUCAUCUUUCAAUGAUCUACAUCAGCUUCUGAGCUUGAACAAGUGUUCCUUGCACCCACUAUCAACAAGCUACUGAGGUCCUGCUUGGGCACUGCACUUCCAAAUUUAGCUCGUGUUGUAGUGACACAGGUGUGGAUUUAAACCCAAAACACAGGUGUGGCUUUAAACCCAAAACACAGACGUGGCUUUAAACCCAGAACCAGUGUAGCACAGAACUUGGCAGGAAAACUUAGUGUGGAAGCCCUAACGAGGUACUUGACCUGAUUUUCACUUGACAGCAUUACAUAACAGCACAGUCAAUCCAAGAGAGUCAAACCUAAUCCAAUACUAUUAGAAGGAGGAUGGGAGAAUCUGAUAAAGAUUCUGAAUGUAACCUAGGGUCUGUAAGACAAGGGGUGAUUUAGAAAUGUAGCCAGCUGGACUUCUAAAGCUGGCACUUUCAUUCAGUUGGAACCUGCGUGAUGUUACCCACAGGAACAAUUCAGGCAAGUCAAAUAUUUGGCUUUUUCUUCUUUUUAUGUAGUGAGUGACCUGCAAUAAGUGACUUAAACGGUGAUGAAAGAUCAGGACAUUAUUGACUGCAAGGAAUUAAUUAGAACAGCUUCAAAAAUCUGCUAUGCUUUUGUCUGAGUAGCAAGACCUUUUAAAAUUCCACAGUUUCUGUCACUGCUCCUGUGACAAGGCUUCACCUAACUUUAAUUUCAUGAGCAGCUGCACCACUUCUUGUCUGAAUACAAUGGAUUUUAGCUCUUAAGACCAAGUUCUUGACAUUGAUAUUAGAGCAUACCUGCAAGAGGGUGAUGUCUGUUUCCCAGAAGGGCAUUGACCGCGGGAGACUCAAACUUGGGGAACUUCCAGAAGCUCCGCCUCAGCUCUUUCAUGCUUUCACAGAGUGAAUUUUCUCUACUCCAGGGGAGAUUGUCCACACAGAGGGAAUAUGCAUGAUCUGUAAUUUUUUUUUUUUAAGAGAGCCCCUUGAUUGCAUGUUGGUGGAGGACCUUCCCAAAUAACCUAGGGAGCACUUGGGCAUGUUCCAGGAUUUGCCUCUCAGCCCUGCUCCUCCUGCCCUUUAAACAGGCUUGGCUGAACCAGCAGCCACAUAAGGCACUGGGCUCCCUCCCAAUGUACACAGUGAGUAUUAGAGAAAGGCCUCAAAGUCUCUUUGAUCUGGAUUUGCAUCCUGACCUGAACUUUAGACCUGUAACAGAUCAUAACCUUUGGGCCCUCUAUCUCGUCAGAAGGCUGAGAUGCUCUGCCAGCCAGUUCUUCCUCAUCUGAUUUAAGUCCCUGUUGCUAGACAAGAGAAAGCACAAGAACCAUCAAAUUAACUUCUUUAAAAGAAAAAUCAAAGGCUGAAGAAGGUAGUUUGAAAAAAAAUUAAUUUUAGAUAUAUUACUGGCUGAAGCUUUCUCACACUGUUACAUUAUUGUUAGGAGGGAUACUAGAUUGGGAUGUAUGAAACAACCAAACCAGAACCUCACACCAAUUGUUCUUUCUCCAUCUGGUCUACUUCAGAAAUACUUCAGGAAAGGAUUUUGUUUUCCUCUCCAGUUAAUUUCCCUUCCUCAGCUGAUUAAUGAGUGUCUCAACCGAUGUGCUCAGUAGUUUUUAUUCUCCAUUGAGAACCCCAAGACUCUCUGCCUUUAAACACAUGCAUAAAAAGAGAUCUGAGCCACCCAAGGAGUUUACCUUCCUUCCUGGUGCACUGACAUUUAAAAGCUACAUCUUGGAAUAAAGCAGGGAAACUGUGGCAGGCUGGUUACAUGCAGUUUUGGUGGAGUAAACACUUGAUUAUUCAACAAUGAGUCACUCCUGCAGUAACCUCAUUCUGUCAUGAGUGUAUCACAUCUGCUAACUCUCCAAAGCAAAAACCAGAACCUGCACCUCUUCAAAACAUGAACACAGCCUCGUGGUUUGCACGUAACACUCCAUUCAACCAAAGCCAUGUACUAGAGUGUAAAAGGGCAAAGUACUUGUUCUCAAAGGGAAAAUCGAGAGAACAACAAAGACAAUUGGAAAAAAAACCUUCUUCAUUCUUUAGCUCUUCUCACAGUGCCUGGCUUAUCCAUUAUUCUUCGAGCCUCUUAGAAAGCUGUUGAGGUUUUGGAGUGUAGUGUGUUUGCAGCACAGAAUUUUGGGGCUGUUCUGCCCCUGGGCUGAGUCCCUUUUGCCACGCUGCCACUGCUGCCCUCAGCCAGAGCUCAGGUGAGGCUUGGCUGAAGCAGAACCUCCUGCCACAGCCCCCAGCUCUCCUCAAACCUCCCUCCUGCUCAGCCACGCCUGGGGCAGAACACCUGGGCCUCCGUUUGCUUCAAAAUCAGGGGGUACAAAAGAAGGCUAAACAGCAGCAUUUUUGCUACACUACCUUAAAUUGUAACACGGGACUUUAAAUUAAAUUUAUUUAACAGUUCUUGUAACAGUAAUUUCAUUCAUUUUGUUGGAAAGAAACGGUAAAUAAGGAUAAUGUGGUAGUGAGAAUAUCAUAAAUGGGAAAUGGUGAAAGUGAAAUAUCGCUAGCAUUCAGUAAAAUCCCUUUUGUAAGUGGCUGUACCUAGGAGAACCCUUUUUAUAUGAAAAUUUAGCAGUGCUUGUCUAUCAAAUUCAAAUCCUUACAAUGAACUCUGACAGAUGGUGGUGUUUCUCCUGGACAAUGCAGGAAGGAUGGUGCAGCAUUCCUUGGAGAGAGAACCUAUUGGGGUGCUCUAGCCCCAGACAUGGGGAUGCUGGCAGCUGCAGCAGUGCUCAAGGACCUCGGUGAAAUUAGGAUUUCACAGUGCCUGGGGCAGUAAAGAUGCAGCCUGAAUGUCCCCUUUGUCCUACAGCAGUUUGGGCUCAGCAAUGGAAUCUUUUUGGCACAGCACAAUUAUUUUGGUUACUCUCAAUCCACCCCAGUACCUCUGCUUGUCCCCCUGUAAAUAGCCUUAAAAUCCCUUUAUUGAAUCCCUUACCUUCCUGUCAUAUCUUUCUGAACACAUGGUGGUGGUCUGAGCUUUUUGUGAGGAAAAGUUUGAAAGAAUUAAAUCAGUUUCUACCCCAAUACAUUGCAGGUUGGUUUAAAGUGCAACUAAAUAAUGGCAUCUGCAGUUAUUUCCUUUCUAAGAUCAAGGAUUGAGAUAGUGCAUUUAAUGGACCUACAAAUUCAUACAUGCACAAUGCAUAAAUUGUUUUGGAAGUUUAGCUAUUAAUAUUUAUAGUAUUGACCUGAAAGUUUGCUAAAAUUUCUUUAUUGAUGAAAGUAGUCUUGGCUGGAACUGGAAAUUGAGUGAUUGGAGUGACUACCAUGCCACUAGCAAGCUGCUAAUUAAUACAAGUUCAGCCUCUCCUGAAACCCAAAGGGAAAAAAUAUUCAGAAUAAAAGUAGAAAUGUAUGGUAAAGACUAUGGGUAUAAAGUUUACUCAUUACUUAUUUACGUAUUAUUUAAGCAAUUAGCAGCUGUAAAAAUAGUCAAAUAAUUAGUUUCCAAAGCUUAACUAUAGAUGAAAGAAUAUUUUUUUUUCUCAUUUGAAAAGCUAAUUUCAGUCUAUGUUCCCCAGACAAUAAAAUGCCAAUAAUGCUAUGACACACUCACAGGUCUGCACAAUAAAAUGUUACAGAUAGCUCACUCCUUUUUCUGAAAAACAUCAUCAUUUUUGUAAAUGAAACAUCCUCCCUCCCCCAAACACAAACGUGUUAACAUAUUACUCAGUCUUUUACUAAGAUAUUAUGAGGUUUUUCAGCAUCACUGAAAGAUUAGAAAUUAGCACCUCCUACUCAAGAGCAGGACUUAAAAACAAGCUUUGUCUGUUGCAAAAAUACAUUCUGAGGGGGAUGCACCAAGUGUGGAGAGGUUAAAGUUUUAUUUGGCAAGUCCUAUUCUUUUUUCCUUCCCCUUUCCAAAGGAAGUGCUUAUAUAUGCAGACAGGCAUUUGCCAUUUGGGUGAGAGGAAAGAGGAAAGAGAUGGAACAGCCACUGUCUGCUGUGGGCAACCUUUAGUUUGCUUUGCAGCAUAAAAAGCCCUCUAAGUGGCAAUAUAUGAACUCUUAUUAUGAACUUGUUAUGCUCAUUGCAGGAAAUGAGUUCAUAGCCAGCUAAUUAGUAUUUUCCUUAAUGACUUGUGCCUGAGUGUUGGCACAGAAGAGCAGCCUCUGGAGGGGUUUGUGUCAUCAGCUCAGCCCUUGCUUGCCUGGAGUGAGGAGCAAGGCAUGGUCAGGCCUGGAAGAGGUUUCAACCUCUUCGUGCCUAAGCAGACAGUGAAUUUCUGUUUAACACAGUGAAAAACCCUCAUUUGUCCUGGCUAAAUCCAGGCCUGCCGUGGAAUCUGUGCCGUGUUCCAAUUCAGAAGAGAAAAAACCUUUCCUUUGAAUGAUAAAAAAGAGGGAUAAAGGAUUGCUGGGGUUGCCUGGUCCCGUGUCCUGCUCGAGGCAGGGCUGCCUUUGGGGCUGGGGAGGGUUGCAGGGGCUUUGUCUCCAUGAGGUGUGACAAUCUCCAUGGCCCAUGGCUCCACAACACAUUCUGUCGUUGGCUGUGUUCAAUGCCCUACCAAGGCUCAGAAAGGUGCAGGAAACACCUUUGUGAGUGCAUGUGCUUUGUGGUUUUGCCUUUUUGUUCUGUUGUGCACCAAUCUCAUUGGAAUCAAAUUCAGAUCUAGUGGAAUUAAGUGAAACCCCCCCUUUUUUCAAAGAACUUCCACUGACAUCAAGAAAUUUUCUUUCUUUCUUGCUGCCAUUGGACCGAGGCAGAUGUGACCAUGCUGAGGACAUCAGAGCAUUCUCUCCCCUCUGCGUGUGUGUGUGUGUGUGAGGCCUGGAAUAGGCACAGAACCAGAGUCAGGACAACUGUUGAAAUCUUGUUCUCUAUUGUCUGAGGUCAGUGACAAAAUCUUGAGUGGCUGCUAAGUUACUAGACUGGCACCAAAGAAAGAAGAGGAUUUACUGAGGUUACCCUUUCUCCUCACGAGUAUCCUUGGCAAUGCCACGCCUGUUUCAAACGCUGAUGGAAUGGCAAUGCAAAAUAAAAACCUUUCUUCUACCUCUUUCCUUGAGAUUCUUCAAGCUUUACUUCCUGAGAUGGGAACAAUCAGAAAUAAGUUUUCAGUUGCCCGUUUAAAAGCCCAAACUCCAGACCAAAUAUCUAGUUGCAUUCUUUUACAGGCCACACAGGGGUGUUGAGCUCUGUAGGAACACACUCAGAAAGGGCCUGAAAGUCUGUGCUGAGAACAGCAUCUCUCACCUCAUAGACUCAGCUGUACUGAGCAAGGAGCUGUGAUUCGUGCCUCUACAGAAAACAACCCAUUUGCACCUUAUUGGAACUAUCUGGAGAGGAAAAAAAUAACCUUGUGGAGACCAGGACAUUUCUUAAAGUGCUUUACCUGGAGGUCAGUGGAAUUUCAUUUAUAAAUGAUAAAAUGCAUGUAUUUUGAUGCUGAAAUUGUGAUGACUUACAAAGUUUGAUAUUACUGUACUUUUUCUGUGAACAGUGAUUUUUUUGAGGUGGUGAACAUAUUUUCCAAGAGUAUCGUAGACAUUUGUAACAUGUAUGUUUGUGCCAAUAAAUCUUGUUUUAAGAA